CAGCUAUAAACACGACGGUAUCACCUGGCAGCCAUGGCAACAACACUCCAUCAUUUCCAUCAUCUCCGAUCAUUUAUUCAGGGAACUGUUCUGAGUACCCACCAUUAUGCUGUGAUGGAUUCAAUAGUAGUUGUUAUCGAGGCUGUUUCUGUGAUGAGGCAUGUCUACAGAAUCACGACUGCUGCCCUGAUUUCACUGCUACCUGCGUAACAGGUGAGCAGAAUGGAACGGCUAUAAACAUGACGGUAUCACCUGGCAGCCAUGGCAACAACACUACAUCAUUUCCAUCAUCUCCCAUCAUAUAUUCAGGGAACUGUUCUGAGUACCCACCAUUAUGCUGUGAUGGAUUCAAUAGUAGUUGUUAUCGAGGCUGUUUCUGUGAUGUGGCGUGUCUACGGAAUCACGACUGCUGCCCUGAUUUCACUGCUACCUGCGUAACAGGGGAGCAGAAUGGAACGGCUAUAAACACGACGGUAUCACCUGGCAGCCAUGGCAACGACACUACAUCAUUUCCACAGAUCUCAUAUUCAGGGAACUGUUCCGAGUACCCAUCAUUAUGCUGUGAUGGAUUCAAUAGUAGUUGUUAUCGAGGCUGUUUCUGUGAUGAGGCAUGUCUACAGAAUCACGACUGCUGCCCUGAUUUCACUGCUACCUGCGUAACAGGUGAGCAGAAUGGAACGGCUAUAAACAUGACGGUAUCACCUGGCAGCCAUGGCAACAACACUACAUCAUUUCCAUCAUCUCCCAUCAUAUAUUCAGGGGAGCAGAAUGGAACGGCUAUAAACACGACGGUAUCACCUGGCAGCCAUGGCAACGACACUACAUCAUUUCCACAGAUCUCAUAUUCAGGGAACUGUUCUGAGUACCCACAAUUAUGCUGUGAUGGAUUCAAUAGUAGUUGUUAUCGGGGCUGUUACUGUGAUGAGGCGUGUCUACGGAAUCACGACUGCUGUCCUGAUUUCACUGCUACCUGUGUAACCGGUGAGCAGAAUGGAACUGCAAACAUGACGGUAUCACCUGGCAACGAUGGCACCAACACUACAUUUUUUCCACAGAUCUCAUUUUCAGGGAACUGUUCUGAGGACCCACCAUUAUGCUGUGAUGGAUUCAAUAGUAGUUGUUAUCGAGGCUGUUUCUGUGAUGAGGCAUGUUUACAGAAUCACGACUGCUGUCCUGAUUUCACUGCUACCUGCGUAACAGCCAGUGGCCAGAUCGGGCCAGGGGAUGAGGAUAAUCCAUGUCAUGGAGGGAUGGACGUCUACGAUGACGGCCAGUCGAGAACAGUCUGUGAUGACAUGAGAGAAAUGCUCCUGAUAAUGUCCCUAUUUCUCAUUAACAACAGUGCCCCGGUUCUUAGUGCCCGGGUCAGACUGGUGGGUGGAGAUGAUCAGUGCUCUGGCAGAGUAGAGAUCUACAAUGAUGGCCAGUGGGGAACAGUGUGUGAUGACUCCUGGGAUCUAAACGAUGCUGAGGUGGUGUGUAGACAGGUGGGCUGUGGCAGUGCUCAGGCUGCUCCAGGCAGUGCCCACUCUGGACAGGGCAGCGGGCCCAUCUGGUUGGAUGAUGUGAGCUGUUCUGGAAACGAAUCCUCCCUGUCAGAGUGCCAGCACUCUGGGUUUGGUUCUCACAACUGUGGUCAUCGUGAAGAUGCUGCUGUGGUUUGCUCUGACAGUGCCCUGGUUCUUAGUGCCCGGGUCAGACUGGUGGGUGGAGGUGAUCAGUGCUCUGGCAGAGUGGAGAUCUACAAUGAUGGCCAGUGGGGAACAGUGUGUGAUGACUCCUGGGACCUAAACGAUGCUGAGGUGGUGUGUAGACAGGUGGGCUGUGGCAGUGCUCAGGCUGCUCCAGGCAGUGCCCACUCUGGACAGGGCAGCGGGCGCAUCUGGUUGGAUGAUGUGAGGUGUUCUGGAAAUGAAUCCUCCCUGUCACAGUGCCAGCACUCUGGGUUUGGGUCUCACAACUGUGAUCACAGUGAAGAUGCUGCUGUGGUUUGCUCUGGUAGGAAAUAUUUUCUUAUUGCGCAGGUCAGACUGGUAAAUGGAAGUGAUCCGUGCUCUGGCAGAGUGGAGAUCUACAAUGAUGGCCAGUGGGGAACAGUGUGUCAUGACUCCUGGGACCGAAGAGAUGCUGAGGUGGUGUGUAGACAGGUGGGCUGUGGCAGUGCUCAGGCUGCUCCAGGCAGUGCCCACUCUGGACAGGGCAGCGGGCCCAUCUGGUUGGAUGAUGUGAGGUGUUCUGGAAACGAAUCCUCCCUGUCAGAGUGCCAGCACUCUGGGUUUGGGUCUCACAACUGUAGUCAUCCUGAAGAUGCUGCUGUGGUUUGCUCUGCCGGUGGGCAGGUCAGACUGGUAAAUGGAAGUGAUGAGUGCUCUGGCAGAGUGGAAAUCUACAAUGCUGGCCGGUGGGGAACAGUGUGUGAUGACUCCUGGGACCUAAACGAUGCUGAGGUGGUGUGUAGACAGCUGGGCUGUGGCAGUGGUCAGGCUGCUCCAGGCAAUGCCCACUUUGGUCUGGGCAGCGGGCGCAUCUGGUUGGAUGAUGUGAGGUGUUCUGGAAGUGAAUCCUCCCUGUCAGAGUGCCAGCACUCUGGGUUUGGGUCUCACAACUGUGGUCAUCAUGAAGAUGCUGCUGUGGUUUGCUCAGCCGAUGGCCAGGUCAGACUGGUAAAUGGAAGUGAUCAGUGCUCUGGCAGAGUGGAGAUCUACAAUGAUGGCCAGUGGGGAACAGUGUGUCAUGACUCCUGGGACCUAAGAGAUGCUGAGGUGGUGUGUAGACAGGUGGGCUGUGGCAGUGCUCAGGCUGCUCCAGGCAGUGCCCACUCUGGACAGGGCAGCGGGCCCAUCUGGUUGGAUGAUGUGAGCUGUUCUGGAAACGAAUCCUCCCUGUCAGAGUGCCAGCACUCUGGGUUUGGUUCUCACAACUGUAGUCAUCCUGAAGAUGCUGCUGUGGUUUGCUCUGCCGGUGGGCAGGUCAGACUGGUAAAUGGAAGUGAUUCGUGCUCUGGCAGAGUGGAGAUCUACAAUGCUGGCCGGUGGGGAACAGUGUGUGAUGACUCCUGGGACCUAAACGAUGCUGAGGUGGUGUGUAGACAGGUGGGCUGUGGCAGUGCUCAGGCUGCUCCAGGCAGUGCCCACUCUGGACAGGGCAGCGGGCCCAUCUGGUUGGAUGAUGUGAGGUGUUCUGGAAGUGAAUCCUCCCUGUCACAGUGCCAGCACUCUGGGUUUGGGUCUCACAACUGUGGUCAUCAUGAAGAUGCUGCUGUGGUUGUCAGACUGGUAAAUGGAAGUGAUCAGUGCUCUGGCAGAGUGGAGAUCUACAAUGAUGGCCAGUGGGGAACGGUGUGUCAUGACUCCUGGGACCUAAACGAUGCUGAGGUGGUGUGUCAACAGGUGGGCUGUGGCAGUGCUCAGGCUGCUCCAGGCAGUGCCCACUCUGGACAGGGCAGCGGGCCCAUCUGGUUGGAUGAUGUGAGCUGUUCUGGAAACGAAUCCUCCCUGUCAGAGUGCCAGCACUCUGGGUUUGGGUCUCACAACUGUAGUCAUCCUGAAGAUGCUGCUGUGGUUUGCUCUGUCCAGGUCAGGCUGGUGGGUGGAGAUGAUCGGUGCUCUGGCAGAGUGGAGAUCUACAAUGAUGGCCAGUGGGGAACAGUGUGUGAUGACUCCUGGGACCUAAACGAUGCUGAGGUGGUGUGUAGACAGGUGGGCUGUGGCAGUGCUCUGUCUGCUCCAGGCAGUGCCCACUCUGGACAGGGCAGCGGGCCCAUCUGGUUGGAUGAUGUGAGUUGUUCUGGAAAUGAAUCCUUCCUGUCACAGUGCCAGCACUCUGGGUUUGGGUCUCACAACUGUGGUCAUCAUGAAGAUGCUGCUGUGGUUUGCUCUGCCGAUGGCCAGGUCAGACUGGUAAAUGGAAGUGAUCAGUGCUCUGGCAGAGUGGAGAUCUACAAUGAUGGCCAGUGGGGAACGGUGUGUCAUGACUCCUGGGACCUAAACGAUGCUGAGGUGGUGUGUCGACAGGUGGGCUGUGGCAGUGCUCAGGCUGCUCCAGGCAGUGCCCACUCUGGACAGGGCAGCGGGCCCAUCUGGUUGGAUGAUGUGAGGUGUUCUGGAAACGAAUCCUCCCUGUCAGAGUGCCAGCACUCUGGGUUUGGGUCUCACAACUGUAGUCAUCCUGAAGAUGCUGCUGUGGUUUGCUCUGCCGGUGGGCAGGUCAGACUGGUAAAUGGAAGUGAUGAGUGCUCUGGCAGAGUGGAGAUCUACAAUGCUGGCCGGUGGGGAACAGUGUGUGAUGACUCCUGGGACCUAAACGAUGCUGAGGUGGUGUGUAGACAGGUGGGCUGUGGCAGUGGUCAGGCUGCUCCAGGCAAUGCCCACUUUGGUCUGGGCAGCGGGCCCAUCUGGUUGGAUGAUGUGAGGUGUUCUGGAAGUGAAUCCUCCCUGUCACAGUGCCAGCACUCUGGGUUUGGGUCUCACAACUGUGGUCAUCAUGAAGAUGCUGCUGUGGUUUGCUCUGCCGAUGGCCAGGUCAGACUGGUAAAUGGAAGUGAUCAGUGCUCUGGCAGAGUGGAGAUCUACAAUGAUGGCCAGUGGGGAACGGUGUGUCAUGACUCCUGGGACCUAAACGAUGCUGAGGUGGUGUGUCGACAGGUGGGCUGUGGCAGUGCUCAGGCUGCUCCAGGCAGUGCCCACUCUGGACAGGGCAGCGGGCGCAUCUGGUUGGAUGAUGUGAGCUGUUCUGGAAACGAAUCCUCCCUGUCAGAGUGCCAGCACUCUGGGUUUGGGUCUCACAACUGUAGUCAUCCUGAAGAUGCUGCUGUGGUUUGCUCUGUCCAGGUCAGGCUGGUGGGUGGAGAUGAUCGGUGCUCUGGCAGAGUGGAGAUCUACAAUGAUGGCCAGUGGGGAACAGUGUGUGAUGACUCCUGGGACCUAAACGAUGCUGAGGUGGUGUGUAGACAGGUGGGCUGUGGCAGUGCUCUGUCUGCUCCAGGCAGUGCCCACUCUGGACAGGGCAGCGGGCCCAUCUGGUUGGAUGAUGUGAGUUGUUCUGGAAAUGAAUCCUUCCUGUCACAGUGCCAGCACUCUGGGUUUGGAUCUCACAACUGUGGUCAUCAUGAAGAUGCUGCUGUGGUUUGCUCAGCCGAUGGCCAGGUCAGACUGGUAAAUGGAAGUGAUCAGUGCUCUGGCAGAGUGGAGAUCUACAAUGAUGGCCAGUGGGGAACGGUGUGUCAUGACUCCUGGGACCUAAACGAUGCUGAGGUGGUGUGUCGACAGGUGGGCUGUGGCAGUGCUCAGGCUGCUCCAGGCAGUGCCCACUCUGGACAGGGCAGCGGGCCCAUCUGGUUGGAUGAUGUGAGCUGUUCUGGAAACGAAUCCUCCCUGUCAGAGUGCCAGCACUCUGGGUUUGGGUCUCACAACUGUAGUCAUCCUGAAGAUGCUGCUGUGGUUUGCUCUGGUACCGGUGGGCAGGUCAGACUGGUAAAUGGAAGUGAUGAGUGCUCUGGCAGAGUGGAAAUCUACAAUGCUGGCCGGUGGGGAACAGUGUGUGAUGACUCCUGGGACCUAAACGAUGCUGAGGUGGUGUGUAGACAGGUGGGCUGUGGCAGUGGUCAGGCUGCUCCAGGCAAUGCCCACUUUGGUCUGGGCAGCGGGCGCAUCUGGUUGGAUGAUGUGAGGUGUUCUGGAAGUGAAUCCUCCCUGUCAGAGUGCCAGCACUCUGGGUUUGGGUCUCACAACUGUGGUCAUCAUGAAGAUGCUGCUGUGGUUUGCUCUGGUAGUAGUGCCCGGGUCAGACUGGUGGGUGGAGGUGAUCAGUGCUCUGGCAGAGUGGAGAUCUACAAUGAUGGCCAGUGGGGAACAGUGUGUGAUGACUCCUGGGACCUAAACGAUGCUGAGGUGGUGUGUAGACAGGUGGGCUGUGGCAGUGCUCAGGCUGCUCCAGGCAGUGCCCACUCUGGACAGGGCAGCGGGCGCAUCUGGUUGGAUGAUGUGAGGUGUUCUGGAAAUGAAUCCUCCCUGUCACAGUGCCAGCACUCUGGGUUUGGGUCUCACAACUGUGAUCACAGUGAAGAUGCUGCUGUGGUUUGCUCUGCUGGUGCCCAGGUCAGACUGGUGGGUGGAAAUGAUUCGUGCUCUGGCAGAGUGGAGAUCUACAAUGAUGGCCAGUGGGGAACAGUGUGUGAUGACUCCUGGGACCUAAACGAUGCUGAGGUGGUGUGUAGACAGGUGGGCUGUGGCAGUGGUCAGGCUGCUCCAGGCAAUGCCCACUUUGGUCUGGGCAGCGGGCGCAUCUGGUUGGAUGAUGUGAGGUGUUCUGGAAGUGAAUCCUCCCUGUCAGAGUGCCAGCACUCUGGGUUUGGGUCUCACAACUGUGGUCAUCAUGAAGAUGCUGCUGUGGUUUGCUCAGACAGUGCCCUGGUUCUUAGUGCCCGGGUCAGACUGGUGGGUGGAGGUGAUCAGUGCUCUGGCAGAGUGGAGAUCUACAAUGAUGGCCAGUGGGGAACAGUGUGUGAUGACUCCUGGGACCUAAACGAUGCUGAGGUGGUGUGUAGACAGGUGGGCUGUGGCAGUGCUCAGGCUGCUCCAGGCAGUGCCCACUCUGGACAGGGCAGCGGGCGCAUCUGGUUGGAUGAUGUGAGGUGUUCUGGAAAUGAAUCCUCCCUGUCACAGUGCCAGCACUCUGGGUUUGGGUCUCACAACUGUGAUCACAGUGAAGAUGCUGCUGUGGUUUGCUCUGCCGGUGGCCAGGUCAGACUGGUAAAUGGAAGUGAUCAGUGCUCUGGCAGAGUGGAGAUCUACAAUGAUGGCCAGUGGGGAACAGUGUGUCAUGACUCCUGGGACCUAAACGAUGCUGAGGUGGUGUGUAGACAGGUGGGCUGUGGCAGUGCUCAGGCUGCUCCAGGCAGUGCCCACUCUGGACAGGGCAGCGGGCCCAUCUGGUUGGAUGAUGUGAGCUGUUCUGGAAACGAAUCCUCCCUGUCACAGUGCCAGCACUCUGGGUUUGGGUCUCACAACUGUAGUCAUCCUGAAGAUGCUGCUGUGGUUUGCUCUGCCGGUGGCCAGGUCAGACUGGUAAAUGGAAGUGAUCAGUGCUCUGGCAGGGUGGAGAUCUACAAUGCUGGCCAGUGGGGAACAGUGUGUGAUGACUCCUGGGACCUAAACGAUGCUGAGGUGGUGUGUAGACAGGUGGGCUGUGGCAGUGCUCAGGCUGCUCCAGGCAGUGCCCACUCUGGACAGGGCAGCGGGCCCAUCUGGUUGGAUGAAGUGAGGUGUUCUGGACGUGAAUCCUCCCUGCCAGAGUGCCAGCACUCUGGGUUUGGGUUACAUGACUGUAUUCACGAAGAAGAUGCUGCUGUGGUUUGCUCAGCAGCAUCUUCCUGGCACACACCCUCCAACACAACCCUUUAUCCCACUGUCACUUCUUUGCCUACUUCUACAAUUGGUAAAGAGGCAUCUUUGUUUAUCAGACUGGUGAAUGGAGAGGAUCGGUGCUCUGGAAGAGUGGAGAUCUACAAUGAUGGCCAGUGGGGAACAGUGUGUGAUGACUUCUGGGACCUAAACGAUGCUGAGGUGGUGUGUAGACAGGUGGGCUGUGGCACAGCUCUGGAUGCCCCUGACAAUGCCCACUUUGGACCGGGCAGCGGGCCCAUCUGGUUGGAUGAUGUGAGGUGUUCUGGAAAUGAAUCCUCCUUGUCAGAGUGUCGGCACCCUGGAUUUGGGGUCCACAACUGUGGUCACAAUGAAGACGCUGGCGUGGUUUGUUCUGAAGGAUCCACUUCCAAGAUCAGACUGGUGGAUGGAGAUGAUCGGUGCUCUGGCAGAGUGGAGAUCUACCAUGCCGGCCAGUGGGGAACAGUGUGUGAUGACUUCUGGGACAUAGAAAAUGCUGAUGUGGUGUGUAGACAGGUGGGCUGUGGCAGAGCUCUGGCUGCCCCCGACUAUGCCCACUUUGGACAGGGCAGCGGGCCCAUCUGGCUGGAUGAUGUGAGGUGUUAUGGAAACGAAUCCUCCCUGUCAGAGUGUCGGCACCCUGGAUUUGGGGUACACAACUGUGGUCACAAUGAAGACGCUGGUGUGAUUUGCUCAGGUAAGAGGAUAAUUAAAGAUGCCCUGGUUCCCAGUGCCCAGGUCAGACUGGUGGGUGGAGAUGAUCAGUGCUCUGGCAGGGUGGAGAUCUACAAUGAUGGGCAGUGGGGAACAGUGUGUGAUGACUCCUGGGACCUAAACGACGCUGAGGUGGUGUGUAGACAGGUGGGCUGUGGCAGUGCUCAGGCUGCUCCAGGCAGUGCCCACUCUGGAGAGGGCAGCGGGCCCAUCUGGUUGGAUGAUGUGAGCUGUUCUGGAAACGAAUCCUCCCUGUCACAGUGCCAUCACUCUGGGUAUGGGUCUCACAACUGCAUUCACCAAGAAGAUGCUGCUGUGGUCUGCUCAGGUAGGAAAAUCUCUGACGUCAGACUGGUGAAUGGAGAUGAUCGGUGCUCUGGAAGAGUGGAGAUCUACUUUGGUGGCCAGUGGGGAACGGUGUGUGAUGACUCGUGGGACCUAAACGAUGCUGAGGUGGUGUGUAGACAGUUGGGCUGUGGCACAGCUCUUUCUGCUCCAGGUAAUGCCCACUCUGAAGAGGGCAGCGGGUCCAUCUGGUUGGAUGAUGUGAGCUGUUCUGGAAACGAAUCCUCCCUGUCAGAGUGCCAGCACUCUGGGAUUGGGUCUCACAACUGUGGUCAUCAUGAAGAUGCUGCUGUGGUUUGCUCAGGUGCUCAACUUUCACGUUCUGUUCCUUCGCCAGAAACAUCCAAUUGGACUCAUGCAUGAACAGUUGGCCCGGUUCCUAGUGCCCAGGUCAGAUUGGUGGGUGGAGAUGAUCAGUGCUCUGGCAGAGUGGAGAUCUACAAUGAUGGCCAGUGGGGAACAGUGUGUGAUGACUUCUGGGACCUAAGCGAUGCUGAGGUGGUGUGUAGACAGGUGGGCUGUGGCAGUGCUCAGGAUGCUCCAGGCAGUGCCCACUCUGGAGAGGGCAGCGGGCCCAUCUGGUUGGAUGAUGUGAGCUGUUCUGGAAGUGAAUCCUCCCUGUCACAGUGCCAGCACCCUGGGUUUGGGUCACAUGACUGUACUCACCCAGAAGAUGCUGCUGUGGUUUGCUUAGGUAGGAAAUUCUCUGACGUCAGACUGGUGAAUGGAGAUGAUCGGUGCUCUGGAAGAGUGGAGAUCUACUAUGGUGGCCAGUGGGGAACGGUGUGUGAUGACUCGUGGGACCUAAACGAUGCUGAGGUGGUGUGUAGACAGCUGGGCUGUGGCACAGCUCUUUCUGCUCCAGGUAAUGCCCACUCUGAAGAGGGCAGCGGGUCCAUCUGGUUGGAUGAUGUGAGCUGUUCUGGAAGUGAAUCCUCCCUGUCAGAGUGCCAGCACUCUGGGAUUGGGUCUCACAACUGUGGUCAUCAUGAAGAUGCUGCUGUGGUUUGCUCAGGUAGGAAAUCUCUGACUGGCCCGGUUCCUAGUGCCCAGGUCAGAUUGGUGGGUGGAGAUGAUCAGUGCUCUGGCAGAGUGGAGAUCUACAAUGAUGGCCAGUGGGGAACAGUGUGUGAUGACUCCUGGGACCUAAGCGAUGCUGAGGUGGUGUGUAGACAGGUGGGCUGUGGCAGUGCUCAGGAUGCUCCAGGCAGUGCCCACUCUGGAGAGGGCAGCGGGCCCAUCUGGUUGGAUGAUGUGAGCUGUUCUGGAAGUGAAUCCUCCCUGUCAGAGUGCCAGCACUCUGGGAUUGGGUCUCACAACUGUGGUCAUCAUGAAGAUGCUGCUGUGGUCUGCUCAGACAGUGGCCCGGUUCCUAGUGCCCAGGUCAGAUUGGUGGGUGGAGAUGAUCAGUGCUCUGGCAGAGUGGAGAUCUACAAUGAUGGCCAGUGGGGAACAGUGUGUGAUGACUUCUGGGACCUAAGCGAUGCUGAGGUGGUGUGUAGACAGGUGGGCUGUGGCAGUGCUCAGGAUGCUCCAGGCAGUGCCCACUCUGGAGAGGGCAGCGGGCCCAUCUGGUUGGAUGAUGUGAGCUGUUCUGGAAGUGAAUCCUCCCUGUCACAGUGCCAGCACCCUGGGUUUGGGUCACAUGACUGUACUCACCCAGAAGAUGCUGCUGUGGUUUGCUUAGGCGUUGACCCGGAUCCCAGUGCCCAGGUCAGACUGGUGAAUGGAGAUGAUCGGUGCUCUGGAAGAGUGGAGAUCUACUAUGGUGGCCAGUGGGGAACGGUGUGUGAUGACUCGUGGGACCUAAACGAUGCUGAGGUGGUGUGUAGACAGCUGGGCUGUGGCACAGCUCUUUCUGCUCCAGGUAAUGCCCACUCUGAAGAGGGCAGCGGGUCCAUCUGGUUGGAUGAUGUGAGCUGUUCUGGAAGUGAAUCCUCCCUGUCAGAGUGCCAGCACUCUGGGAUUGGGUCUCACAACUGUGGUCAUCAUGAAGAUGCUGCUGUGGUUUGCUCAGGUAGGAAAUCUCUGACUGCCCAGGUCAGAUUGGUGGGUGGAGAUGAUCAGUGCUCUGGCAGAGUGGAGAUCUACAAUGAUGGCCAGUGGGGAACAGUGUGUGAUGACUCCUGGGACCUAAGCGAUGCUGAGGUGGUGUGUAGACAGGUGGGCUGUGGCAGUGCUCAGGAUGCUCCAGGCAGUGCCCACUCUGGAGAGGGCAGCGGGCCCAUCUGGUUGGAUGAUGUGAGCUGUUCUGGAAGUGAAUCCUCCCUGUCAGAGUGCCAGCACUCUGGGAUUGGGUCUCACAACUGUGGUCAUCAUGAAGAUGCUGCUGUGGUCUGCUCAGGUAGGAAAUCUCUGACUGGCCCGGUUCCUAGUGCCCAGGUCAGAUUGGUGGGUGGAGAUGAUCAGUGCUCUGGCAGAGUGGAGAUCUACAAUGAUGGCCAGUGGGGAACAGUGUGUGAUGACUUCUGGGACCUAAGCGAUGCUGAGGUGGUGUGUAGACAGGUGGGCUGUGGCAGUGCUCAGGAUGCUCCAGGCAGUGCCCACUCUGGAGAGGGCAGCGGGCCCAUCUGGUUGGAUGAUGUGAGCUGUUCUGGAAGUGAAUCCUCCCUGUCACAGUGCCAGCACCCUGGGUUUGGGUCACAUGACUGUACUCACCCAGAAGAUGCUGCUGUGGUUUGCUUAGACAGUGGCCCGGUUCCUAGUGCCCAGGUCAGAUUGGUGGGUGGAGAUGAUCAGUGCUCUGGCAGAGUGGAGAUCUACAAUGAUGGCCAGUGGGGAACAGUGUGUGAUGACUUCUGGGACCUAAGCGAUGCUGAGGUGGUGUGUAGACAGGUGGGCUGUGGCAGUGCUCAGGAUGCUCCAGGCAGUGCCCACUCUGGAGAGGGCAGCGGGCCCAUCUGGUUGGAUGAUGUGAGCUGUUCUGGAAGUGAAUCCUCCCUGUCACAGUGCCAGCACCCUGGGUUUGGGUCACAUGACUGUACUCACCCAGAAGAUGCUGCUGUGGUUUGCUUAGGCGUUGACCCGGAUCCCAGUGCCCAGGUCAGACUGGUGAAUGGAGAUGAUCGGUGCUCUGGAAGAGUGGAGAUCUACUAUGGUGGCCAGUGGGGAACGGUGUGUGAUGACUCGUGGGACCUAAACGAUGCUGAGGUGGUGUGUAGACAGCUGGGCUGUGGCACAGCUCUUUCUGCUCCAGGUAAUGCCCACUCUGAAGAGGGCAGCGGGUCCAUCUGGUUGGAUGAUGUGAGCUGUUCUGGAAGUGAAUCCUCCCUGUCAGAGUGCCAGCACUCUGGGAUUGGGUCUCACAACUGUGGUCAUCAUGAAGAUGCUGCUGUGGUCUGCUCAGGUAGGAAAUCUCUGACUGGCCCGGUUCCUAGUGCCCAGGUCAGAUUGGUGGGUGGAGAUGAUCAGUGCUCUGGCAGAGUGGAGAUCUACAAUGAUGGCCAGUGGGGAACAGUGUGUGAUGACUCCUGGGACCUAAGCGAUGCUGAGGUGGUGUGUAGACAGGUGGGCUGUGGCAGUGCUCAGGAUGCUCCAGGCAGUGCCCACUCUGGAGAGGGCAGCGGGCCCAUCUGGUUGGAUGAUGUGAGUUGUUCUGGAAGUGAAUCCUCCCUGUCAGAGUGCCAACACCCUGGGUUUGGGUCACAUGACUGUACUCACCCAGAAGAUGCUGCUGUGGUUUGCUUAGGCGGUGACCCGGAUCCCAGUGCCCAGGUGAGACUGGUGAAUGGAGAUGAUCGGUGCUCUGGAAGAGUGGAGAUCUACUAUGGUGGCCAGUGGGGAACGGUGUGUGAUGACUCGUGGGACCUAAACGAUGCUGAGGUGGUGUGUAGACAGCUGGGCUGUGGCACAGCUCUUUCUGCUCCAGGUAAUGCCCACUCUGAAGAGGGCAGCGGGUCCAUCUGGUUGGAUGAUGUGAGCUGUUCUGGAAGUGAAUCCUCCCUGUCAGAGUGCCAGCACUCUGGGAUUGGGUCUCACAACUGUGGUCAUCAUGAAGAUGCUGCUGUGGUUUGCUCAGACAGUGGCCCGGUUCCUAGUGCCCAGGUCAGAUUGGUGGGUGGAGAUGAUCAGUGCUCUGGCAGAGUGGAGAUCUACAAUGAUGGCCAGUGGGGAACAGUGUGUGAUGACUCCUGGGACCUAAACGAUGCUGAGGUGGUGUGUAGACAGGUGGGCUGUGGCAGUGCUCAGGCUGCUCCAGGCAGUGCCCUCUCUGGACAAGGCAGCGGGCCCAUCUGGUUGGAUGAUGUGAGCUGUUCUGGAAGUGAAUCCUCCCUGUCACAGUGCCAGCACCCUGGGUUUGGGUCACAUGACUGUACUCACCCAGAAGAUGCUGCUGUGGUUUGCUUAGGCGUUGACCCGGAUCCCAGUGCCCAGGUCAGACUGGUGAAUGGAGAUGAUCGGUGCUCUGGAAGAGUGGAGAUCUACUAUGGUGGCCAGUGGGGAACGGUGUGUGAUGACUCGUGGGACCUAAACGAUGCUGAGGUGGUGUGUAGACAGCUGGGCUGUGGCACAGCUCUUUCUGCUCCAGGUAAUGCCCACUCUGAAGAGGGCAGCGGGUCCAUCUGGUUGGAUGAUGUGAGCUGUUCUGGAAGUGAAUCCUCCCUAUCAGAGUGCCAGCACUCUGGGAUUGGGUCUCACAACUGUGGUCAUCAUGAAGAUGCUGCUGUGGUUUGCUCAGACAGUGGCCCGGUUCCUAGUGCCCAGGUCAGAUUGGUGGGUGGAGAUGGUCGGUGCUCUGGAAGAGUGGAGAUCUACAAUGAUGGCCAGUGGGGAACAGUGUGUGAUGACUCCUGGGGCCUAAGCGAUGCUGAGGUGGUGUGUAGACAGGUGGGCUGUGGCAGUGCUCAGGCUGCUCCAGGCAGUGCCCACUCUGGAGAGGGCAGCGGGCCCAUCUGGUUGGAUGAUGUGAGUUGCUCUGGAAGUGAAUCCUCCCUGUCAGAGUGCCAGCACUCUGGGUUUGGGUCUCACAACUGUCGUCAUCAAGAAGAUGCUGCUGUGGUUUGCUCAGGUAGGAAAAUCUCUGACGUUUUGGUGGUCAGAUUGGUGGGUGGAGAUGGUCGGUGCUCUGGAAGAGUGGAGAUCUACAAUGAUGGCCAGUGGGGAACAGUGUGUGAUGACUCCUGGGGCCUAAACGAUGCUGAGGUGGUGUGUAGACAGGUGGGCUGUGGCAGUGCUCAGGCUGCUCCAGGCAGUGCCCACUCUGGAGAGGGCAGCGGGCCCAUCUGGUUGGAUGAUGUGAGUUGCUCUGGAAGUGAAUCCUCCCUGUCACAGUGCCAGCACUCUGGGUUUGGGUCUCACAACUGUGGUCAUCAUGAAGAUGCUGCUGUGGAUUGCUCAGACAAUGGGAUUUCAAUUAGUUAACUAGUCAGACUGGUGAAUGGAAAUAAUCGGUGCUCUGGAAGAGUAGAGAUCUUCAAUGCUGGCCUGUGGGGAACAGUGUGUGAUGACUCCUGGGACCUAAACGAUGCUGAGGUGGUGUGUAGACAGGUGGGCUGUGGCAGUGCUCAGUCUGCUCCAGGCAGUGCCCACUCUGGACAGGGCAGCGGGUCCAUCUGGUUGGAUGAUGUGAGCUGUUCUGGAAGUGAAUCCUCCCUGUCACAGUGCCAGCACCCUGGGUUUGGCUCUUCCAACUGUGACCACAGUGAAGAUGCAGCUGUGGUUUGUUCAGCCAGACCCCAGGUCAGACUGGUGGGUGGAGAUGAUCAGUGUUCUGGCAGAGUGGAGAUCUACAAUGCUGGCCAGUGGGGAACAGUGUGUGAUGACUCCUGGGGCCUAAGAGAUGCUGAGGUGGUGUGUAGACAGGUGGGCUGUGGCAGUGCUCAGGCUGCUCCAGGCAGUGCCCACUCUGGACAGGGCAGCGGGCCCAUCUGGUUGGAUGAUGUGAGCUGUUCUGGAAGUGAAUCCUUCCUGUCACAGUGUCAGCACUCUGGGUUUGGGUCUCAGAACUGUGGUCACAGUGAAGAUGCUGCUGUGGUUUGUUCAGCCAGUGCCCAGGUCAGACUGGUGGGUGGAGAUGAUCGGUGCUCUGGCAGAGUGGAGAUCUACAAUGAUGGCCAGUGGGGAACAGUGUGUGAUGACUCCUGGGGCCUAAAUGACACCGAGGUGGUGUGUAGACAGUUGGGCUGUGGCACAGCUAUUUUUGCUCGCCGUAAUGCCCACUUUGGACAGGGCAGCGGGCCCAUCUGGUUGGAUGAAGUGAGCUGUUCUGGAAACGAAUCCUCCCUGUCAGAGUGCCAGCACUCUGGGAUUGGGUCUCACAACUGUGGUCAUCAUGAAGAUGCUGCUGUGGUUUGUUCAGCCAGUGCCCCGAUUUCCACUGGCCAGGCCAGACUGGUGAGUGGAGAUGAUCAGUGCUCUGGCAGAGUAGAGAUCUACAAUGAUGGCCAGUGGGGAACAGUGUGUGAUGACUCCUGGGACCUAAACAAUGCUGAGGUGGUGUGUAGACAGGUGGGCUGUGGCAGUGCUCAGGCUGCUCCAGGCAAUGCCCACUCUGGACAGGGCAGCGGGUCCAUCUGGUUGGAUGAUGUGAGUUGUUCUGGAAGUGAAUCCUUCCUGUCAGAGUGCCAGCACUCUGGGUUUGGGUCUCACAACUGUGGUCACAGUGAAGAUGCAGCUGUGGUCUGCUCAGCCGGUGCCCCAGUCAGACUGGUGGGUGGAGAUGAUCAGUGUUCUGGCAGAGUGGAGAUCUACAAUGAUGGCCAGUGGGGAACAGUGUGUGAUGACUCCUGGGACCUAAAUGAUGCUGAGGUGGUGUGUAGACAGUUGGACUGUGGCAGUGCUCUGGCUGCUCCAGGCAGUGCCCAAUCUGGACAGGGCAGCGGGCGCAUCUGGUUGGAUGAUGUGAGUUGUUCUGGAAGUGAAUCCUCCCUGUCAGAGUGCCAGCACUCUGGGUUUGGGUCUCACAACUGUGGUCACAGUGAAGAUGCAGCUGUGGUCUGCUCAGUCGGUGCCCCAGUCAGACUGAUGGAUGGAGAUGAUCCGUGCUCUGGCAGAGUGGAGAUCUACAAUGAUGGCCAGUGGGGAACAGUGUGUCAUGACUCCUGGGACAUAGACGACGCUGAGGUGGUGUGUAGACAGUUGGGCUGUGGCAGUGGUCAGGCUGCUCCAGGCAGUGCCCACUCUGGACAGGGCAGCGGGCCCAUCUGGUUGGAUGAUGUGAGCUGUUCUGGAAGUGAAUCCUCCCUGUCACAUUGCCAGCACCCUGGGUUUGGGUCUCACAACUGUGGUCAUCAUGAAGAUGCUGCGGUGGUUUGCUCUGAAUGAUGCAGCCACCCGUGAGAUGAUACUGCAAGUAUCAUUGAACAUGGCGGCUCCAUUGCUUGGAUUGCGGCCACACUAUCGCUGGGGUUGCAGUCCUGCUGCUGGUCAGAGUGCUUCUCCUCUCAUCAUUACUCCGGCUCACACUCUCCAUCUGCCAAUGUCGGCUACUGCCUGCCAACACAGAAGAGCUCACCUUUUGUCCUUGUAUUACUGCAAAAGCUCUGACUGUGAUUACAUAAUUAAAGCAACUGUCGGUUCAUCUGUAAAAACUGUGUGUGUUCAAGUGAUCAAUUAAGUUUACUUAUUUUCAUAUUUCGGUGCAUUGCAUGUGACUGCAAGAUCUUUACUUUAUUAUAAAUGAGGUCAAUCGUGACGAUUGUUCUUCAGAAGUGGGUUCUGAGGGCAAAAUGAGCAAAAAUGAUGACUGUGCCAUGCUCUGACAUUUCUGUCAUUCCAAUCAACUUUAAUCAACUGAUUCCAAUGUGUUUCAUAUCUUUGUUUUCAGAAACGUGGCGAGACUAGAAUAACAUAAUACGUGACAUGACAAUAAAAUAACUAAGACAAUCACUAAACAGGAAACAUAACGUGACAAACAUGAAAUGUGACAAGAUAAGGUAGAUAAAGAUGUUUUUCCCUUCCUUUGCAUGGGGGUUUCCAUCUGGAUGAAGUGAAAGUUUAUGUUUACUGUUUGUCAUUGGCCUCGUUUGCACCUGGUCAUGUGUCUUCAUGUUUCUCGAUAGUAUCGAGAUAUGACUUAACCACAUUGCAUUUUCACUUAGUAGUCAGAUGAUUCUCUGGUCUCUGGUUGCGUGCUAAUUUGACUGUGAAAUGGAAUACCCUGACAACCCACUUCUUGUUUUGUUUCUCCUCUCACAGGGCGAAUAUGCGGUUAAGUGGUCUUAAAUGCAUGAAUAUAAAUUACUUUCUAUUAACUCAUGAUUUGGAGUAGCUACUGUUCACUAAUACUUGGCGUGUUGAGCCGAAAAUGUAUACUCUGUUAAAUUUAGACUGUAAAUGCACAUGCACUUCACAAAUACCUUUACACUGAGUCAUAAUUAAAAUUGAAGAGAAGACCUUCGA